UAAAAUAACUAAAAUGUUUGGUGAUAAAAACUGUUAAGAAGAAGCGGCCUACUAUAUAGAUUUGACUGGAUAACAACGAUAUGCAGUACAAGGAUCGUUGUUCACCUGAUUAUGGCUAUUGCAGCGAACAGGAACAUCCGGUAACCGAAACCUUGCUAUCCCCUCGCCAGGUGUAUGAAAUGGGGGGUUGUGCGCAUGCCUGGACAGACGACUCCUCCAUGUAUCCGGUAACUAACGUUUCUCCCGCCCUACCCGACAUGACAAACAUUAUUCCACAUACGUAUGAAGCGGACAAGCGCGUCCCACCAUCGUAUGCAGAGCACAUGCAGAGAACUAGAAGCAGGUCUUUAAGUGCACCUCAAAUGAACUGUAGUAGUGACGUCAGAGGCCAUGAAACGUCACAGCAGAUACAAUCUACUGGAGCUAUGCUGAACGAUAUUAUGGACUGUAUAUCUGCCGACGGACAGACCAGCGAUGUUCCUUUGUUGCACGUGUCCGGUUAUGGUGAAGCCCAAUUGCGACAAUUAGCAUCGCUUCUGGCAGGCGGUGGACAGGUCCAGUUGUGGCAAUUCCUUUUGGAGCUACUAACAGACGGAGCGAACGACUGUUGUAUAAAGUGGGAGGGACCAAACGGCGAGUUCCGCAUGACUGAUCCAGAGGAAGUCGCCAAACGGUGGGGAAGUCGCAAAAACAAACCCAACAUGAAUUACGACAAGUUAAGCAGAGCGUUAAGAUAUUACUAUGACAAAAUGAUACUCACUAAGGUUCAAGGUAAACGGUAUACAUAUAAGUUCAAUUUCAAAAUGAUUCUUGAAUCAAACAAAAGAGUAUCAGGUUCAAUAACCAACUCCCUUGAUUGGAACUCCCGUGUUGGAGUGGAAGGCCGCUUUCUUCAACACCUGCAGUUCCGUGACUCGGUAUCAUCCUUAUUACCGAUUGACCGAUACGUACAGUCCCGACUAGAUCGUAGGAUGCCGUACCCGAUGACCAAUUUCGAUCGAGGACAUCCUCCAUUGCUACAGUUUGAACAUGAUCGCUCCCCUCCCUCUGAAAGGUUUGAUUAUUCCUCUGCAGGAUCCUCUACCGGACAUAUCUCACCCGUUUCCUCGGUGUCCUCACACCCUCUGCACCAGGAACCGCCCACCUACGUCACAACAGCACAGUCACAGAGCGAGUUCCUACCUCCCUGUUCCUGCUACCCGGCCUGUCAGUCAGGGCAGAGUUCAUUGCCUUACGCACAUUACUAGCGGCUUCCGGUACCUCUUUGUAAAAUCACAUUCAUUCUCAUGAUCUCGUCCGAUGACACUGCUCCAAACACGCAUGUCAAUCAAACAAUGUAUAUUAGCAGAGAUAUAUACUUUACAUCCAUAUCCUGUUUUUGUAAACUUAUAAAUGAUAGUCCAUUACGCGGUCUAUUCAUAAUAAGGCGUCGUCCAUUGAACACUUACCAGUCUUGUUGUCUAUCCUAUUUUAUAUGAUUUAAAGCGUCGUGGUCUGAAUAACAUUAACAAUUAUGUUCUGUCCGUUUAGUCCCUCUUCUUCUUUCUACAUUAAGGUUAUAACUGCAAUAGUGUUUUGCUGUUUAGUUAUUUAUCCAUUGGUCCAAUAUGAUGACACAUAAUUGCCAUCGACUUAGGGCUAUCGACAUAACUCUUACAAGUUGAUAUCAGAAAUGUGACACCAUAAUCCUAGAAACCCUCUAACAAGCAGAUGCUUUCACUUCUGUAUCUGCUUGAUUCGUUUAUCAGAUAGAUAAUAUCGCUGGAAAUAAGACCUGGGGGAUUCAGAUCAAUGGACAGGAAAAGUAGGUAGUAUUAUAACAUCAUGAUAUAAAGGAAGCUUAGCACAGUGGUUGCUAUUCCUGACUCGACACUUUAAAGAUUUAUUGUGGCAUACAAAACAACAUGUUGACUUAAUUGCCAUGAAAAUUAUGAUGGCAUUCAAAAGUAUGUCUACUUAAAAUACACUGUUGGCUUGGUUAAUAUCGUGAGAAGAGCCCAGAAGUAUCUACAAUUAAAAAUCAUACUUAGAGUUUUAUUUCAUCAUGAGAAUAGCAAAAGUGACAUACAAGUUAUCUGUCGUGAAUUUGGAACGUAAUAUCUUAUGAUGUUUUGGGGUUUUUGAGAUGGAUGAUGCUUUGGAAUUUUCGAUUCGAAAGACUCUCUUAAAGGAUCUUUUAGAGCUUUUGAUUGAGAAGAAGCUUUGGAGUCUUCGAAUUGGAACACUUUUUCCUAUCAGGUUUUUAAUUUCUCAGUUUGGUAGAUUUUUUUUCCAUGACGCUUUAGAGUUUUUUGAAAUCUUCGGUGAUGUACAACAUAUAUCUUUGACCAGUGCAUUGUGCACUUGUUUGACUGUUUCGUUGUAGUUUAUGUUUCAUUGCCAAUUUCAAAGUGACGACGUUAAUGUCCGUAAAUGAUGAUUAAGUAAUUAGUUUUCAUAACAUUGAGCGCAUAUAUUUUGGGAUUGUGGCCAGUAAUAUGUAUAAUCUCAAAUCAUUCAUAUUUUUUAUUUUUAUAUACAAAUCAACAUUUUAUACUAGUUUACCAUGAAGAUAAGCACUUACUUGAAUCAUAAUUUAGAUGAAUAGUCUCGUAAUUAUUGUUUAUUUUUGAUAAAUUCCAUAUAAUUUAUUAAGUGGUUUUCAUGUUUUAUUUUCUUCUUCUUUUUUAAACGAAUGACUUAUAUAAGUGGGUUUAUUUUUAAUUAUUAAUAUUUCUUUUUCAAAAACGCACAUGACAUACAAACGUAUCACUAAAUAGUAAGGUAUGGUUUGUUUGUAAUAUAAUGGACACAUUCGGUUCAUUCUGUAUAUUAACAUACCUUAGAUCAAUUUUCAAGGAGUACAUGCAUUUAAUUUAGCAGAAACUUUACCACGAAUAUAAGGACUUGUUUGAAUCGUCCUUCAGUUGAAUUGUAUCGUAAUCAACGUCUAUGUUUUAAUCAUUCCAUAUAGCUAAUGAAGUAGACUUUGUCCUUUUUUAACAAAUUACUUUUAUAAAAUAUUAUUUUCUUUUAAAUAUUAACACAUUUACCUCGAGAACGUAUUAAAAUAACUAUAUCUGAAUAGGUUAUGCUUAGAAAACAAAAUACCAAGGAAUCCCUCGGAAAGAAGUAGUAUAGUAAUAGUGAUGGACAUGCUAAGAUGAUUCGUUUAUUAUCGGAACCCCUCGGAAAGAAGUAGAAUAGUAAUAGUGAUAAGACAUGCUAAAAGAAUUCUUAUAUUUUCGGAACAUAUGCUUUAAAUAUCUAUUGAUGCAAUUAUUAUUAAACGCCUUAAGUAGUAUAGGUCGUGAUUAUAUUUACAUUCAAUAGUAACAUAUCUCAUAUCAAUUAAAAGUUUGAUUUCAUUUUUUUAUAUAUACAUAUAUCGUAUGUUUACGUGCCUUUUUGUUAGAGAUACGCGAAUUGUGUGCUUAUAUAAAUAUGUCGACAAUACAACGAUAUGUAUACAUGAUUUGUGCAAAAAAAAUAGAAAAGAGAUGUUGCAUUGAGGCUAUUCUUUUCGAAAAAAGAACAAUGAAACGGAGAUAACACAUGAUUUGU